AUGUUGGAAGGUGUGGUUGCCAAUUUGCUCAACCGCUUUCUAGGAAUGUACGUGAAGAACUUCGACGCGACACAGCUUAACAUUGGAAUCUGGUCGGGCGAUGUCAAACUACGGAACCUGGAACUGCGCCGGGAAGCGCUGGAUCAACUGCGCUUGCCCUUGAACGUUGUGGAGGGUCACCUCGGACAACUCACAUUAUCGAUUCCAUGGUCAAACCUGCGGGGUAAACCGGUCAAGGUCGACAUUGAAGAUGUCUUCCUGCUCGCAGCCCCGAAGGAGGAUGCAGACUACGAUGCCUCGGAAGAAGACAAGCGGGCGCAUGCCUUGAAGAUGGAACGGAUCGAAAGCGCUGAAAUUUUGCGCGACCGCAAUGCCGAGGGUAUGAGCCAAGAGGAGCAAAGACGAAAUCAAAGCUUUACCCAAAGCAUGGUAACGGCAGUCGUCGACAACCUACAGAUCUCGAUCAAGAACGUCCAUUUUCGAUACGAGGAUUCUAUCGCUUCGCCUGGCCAUCCUUUUGCUGUGGGGUUGACUUUGAAGGAAUUGAGUGCUGUCAGCACUGACUCCGAGUGGAAUCCUACCUUUAUCCAAUCCACUUCCGAUACGACACACAAGCUAGCCGUGCUCGGUGCCUUAUCGGUAUACUGGAACACAGAUGCAACCCUGCUGGGUACUGGAAGAGGCUCUGAUAUAGGUGCUGAAGCUCAAGGAAUCAGCCAUGACGACCUGAUGACAAAAUUGCGCGACGCUAUCGAUAAUGGCGACGGAAAUCAAUUCAUGCUUCGUCCCGUUAGCGGCCGAGCUGGACUGGAAAUGGACAAGUCGGGGAAGUAUGACCGUCCUGCCAUGAAAGCGCGAUUGCUAUUCGAUGAGUUGGGCUUUGUUCUGGACGACAACCAGUACCGCGAUGCCUUGAUGCUGGUAGACCUCUUCCAUUACUUUAUCCGCCAUCAGGAGUAUAAACGAUUCCAACCCAAGUGCACGGUCAAGGAAGACCCUCGCGCAUGGAUGAAGUUUGCUGGAGAUGCAGUUCUCAGUAAGAUUCAUGAUCGUAAUAAGCGAUGGACCUGGGAUUACGUGAAGGAGCGCCGAGAUGAUCGUAUCGCCUACAUCAAAUUGUUCAAAAAGAGGAAAAGAGAAGAGACAUUCACUCCAGAAGAAACUGAAGAGCUCGAGAAGCUAGAAUGGAAACAUAACUAUGAGGAUAUUCGAUUCUGGCGAUCGCUGGCGCGUAAUCAGCUUCGCAAAGAGAACGUCGGCAUCAAGAAGCCCGCCCAGCAGCAGAGUUGGGGCGAGUGGAUCUGGGGCAGCAAGAAAGAAGAGUCCGAAGAAACUGCCAUGACCGACGAACAGCGACAGGAGCUAUAUAACGCCAUUGAUUGGGACGAGAAGAAGGCCCUGUCCGAAGAUGUCGAUGUACCCAGGGAAUGGGCCAAGCUGCAAAUCAAUUGGAGUCUUCGUGCUGGUAGCUUCACAUUAAAGCAAGAUCCGCAUGGCGCUGCAAAUGAGGUUAUGAAACUUGUUUUCGACAAUUUCCGCGCGAAAGCUCUUCAGCGACCCGACUCUUAUCUCCUUGAUCUUGAUCUCGGUGGCUUGAAGAUGUAUGAUGGUACCACUGCCGGGACUCUAUAUCCACAGAUAGUCAAGGUCAAGGACUCAGUUCCCGAACCCAAAAAGGCCUUGGAGCAGGGCAACGACAACAAAGACGAUAACGACGACGAUGACCUUGCCUCUCAAGCCAGCGCAGAUGAUCUGGAAGAUGAAGACAGCCUGUUCCAUCUGCAACUGGAAAAGAAUCCCCUCGAAAGUGACGCAGACUCAGCGGUCAAGGUUAAGCUGAAGAGUAUCGAGGUCAUCUACAAUCCGCGAUUCCUUGUGGGAAUCGUUAAAUUCUUUGAACCACCCGAGCGGCACAUGGAGUCAAUUGGAGCGCUGCUGGACACUGCUGGAGCUACAGUUGAAGGUCUGCGGCAGCAAACUCGAGCAGGUUUGGAGUUUGCACUGCAAGAACACAAAAAGGUUGAUGCACAAUUCGAUGUGCGCGCGCCUUUGAUCAUCGUGCCCGAGAGUAUCACACAGGAAAGCUCCCUGUGUCUCAUCAUUGACGCCGGUCAUGCAAGUGUCAACAGCGAACUCGUCGACCGACAGGCCAUACGAGAACUUCAGUCCAAGCAGAAAAAACAAUACGAAGAGGAAGAUUACAAGCAGCUUGAACACUUGCUAUAUGAUCGUUUCCUUAUCAAACUGGAUUCCACUCAAGUACUGAUUGGUCCUGGUGUGGAAGCAACGAAAGCACAGCUCACCUCCGCUGUCGCGUCCAAAAACUUCCACAUUAUUGAUCGAAUCAAUGUCGACUUCGUUCUCGAAAUGUGUAUUGUUCCAAAGGUUACGCAACUCACGCGGACGCGCAUCUCCGGAAAUCUGCCGGAGCUGCACGCUUCCAUGUCUGACACCAAAUACAAGGGGCUGAUGAAGUUGAUUGACAUCGCGAUCCCGCAAUUUGACAGUGCCAGUAGCUCUUCCGGUCCGGCAGAAGCGAAAGCCAGGGAGGAAGCGGCAAUCGCUACUCGGGCUAGAGCAGCUUCAUUCCUACCCCCGGCGCAACGGGAUCUACCUGUUGUCGACGAUGAGGAGGAACAUGAAGGCGAUGCGGAGCAUCAUAAGACGAGCCUUGAUACACAGAACAAUAUUCAUCGCCGGGACUUUGAGUUCAAGUUCAACGUUGGUCGUCUUCGUGGCUCGCUAUUCAGAGCAGACUCGCAAGACCCACUCAAAGACAAAUUGCUGGUCGAGCUGGUUGCUGAGGGCUUCGAGCUUGACUUCUACAUGCGUCCCUAUGAUAUGGUUGCCGAGGUCAUUCUCAAGUCCCUGAGUGUUGAUGAUUACAUCGAAGAAAACCCACUACCGGAGUUCAAGCGGAUCAUUUCAUCCAAGGGAUUCAAUGCUGAUGAAGACAAAGAUCUUUUCCACUUGAAGAUGGUCCGUGUGAAACCUGAAUCCCCAGAAUUUGAGUCAACCUACGAGGGAGUCGCGAUGAACCUUGAUAUCUCCGUCUCGACCAUCAACCUUGUGGUGACGAGAAAGACGCUGCUUACCCUUCUGGACUUCAUUCUUCUUACGUUCACAAGUCCUGAACAGCCAGCCGAUCAGGAUCCACAAUCAGAGAAGAUCUUGCAAGAAGCACCAAAUGAGCAGGAAACGCCACAGCAAGUCGGGAAGAUUCGUAUCAAGUCUAACCUGAAGAGUAUUGCCCUUAUUCUUAACAAUGACGGUGUUCGCCUGGGAACCUUGAGUCUCAACACCGCUGAUGUCGGAAUCUUCCUUGUUGGUCGUGCCAUGACCAUACAGUCCCGCAUUGGCAGCUUGACUUUGGUUGAUGACAUUAAUCUGGGUGCUUCAGAGGACUCAGAUGUCCGACGUCUCUUGACGAUUGAAGGUGACAAUUUCGCUGAUUUCAAAUAUGAGACGUUCGACCCUGAGAGCGACACUUACCCUGGCUACGAUUCCGAGGUCUAUCUGCGGUCAGGCUCAAUCAAGAUCAAUUUCCUUGAAGAGCCGUAUCGAAAAAUCAUCAAUUUUCUCGUCAAGUUUGGUAAAAUGCAGGCGAUUUUCAACGCUGCUCGACAGGCGGCUGCGAACCAAGCAAACCAACUCCAAGAGAAUGCUUCACGCAUGCGUCUUGACAUUGUCAUCAAGACUCCCAUUGUUGUUUUCCCCAGGGUGAUGACUGACGACCGACCGCGGGACACCAUCACUGCUCACCUUGGUGAGAUCUACGCCAAGAACGAGUUUGUUCCAAUGGACGAGUCCAAAGACAGCCCGGCCGUUAAUGUUAUCUCCACCGGUGUUCGCAACAUCCGCCUCACGUCCAAGUUCCAUUUCACAGAUGGUGUUGUUGAAGAAUUGGAUAUGAUUCAGAAGGUCAAUCUAGAUUUCAGCAUAUGUUAUCUGGAACAUCAAACCAACAAUCCUCGCCCAGAUAUGGAGAUCGAAGGUUCCCUGUCUCCAAUCAAUCUUCGUAUCUCGCAGAGUCAACUCAAGUUCCUGCUUGCACUUUCGAAGUCGAUACCUGGCGCAUUCGCCACCGAUGCUGAGCAACAAGAGCUCGAGGCUAUGGAAGCUCUGCCUUCAUCUGUCACUGAGCCCACAAGAGAAGCCACCUCCAAGGCUGUACAAGCGCAAAAGGACCAAGAGACGGACCCAGUAACUGGCAGCGAGACCAAGGAGAAUUGGGUACGCCUAGACAUGAUUUUCAAGGUCGAUAGUGUUGGAUUGGAGCUCAUCCUAGCCAAUGACAACCAACCCGCGGGCCACUUGGAGGAUUCUAGUCUAUCCAAAUUCUCCCUCAAUGACACGAGAGUCAAGCUCCGCAUGUUGACCGAUGGGUCCAUGGAGUCAGAACUCUUGAUUCAUUCGUUCUCAAUCCGCGAUAGCCGAAAGCAGGACACGAAUAAGUUCAGAAAUAUCAUGUCCUUGAUCAACAAUGAUGUGCAGCAGCAGUUCAUGGCUAGCGUUUCCAUGUCCCCUGGACCAGAAAAGCAUCUCAUUGCGAUGCUGACUAUCGACAGUCCUCGAAUCAUGUUUGCUUUAGACUAUCUGUCUGCUUUACAGUCUUUCAGCAAUUCCGCGUUUACUUCAGAGGAAGCUGUAGAAGUCCUCGAGGAGGAUGCUGAGUCUCCUGAAGAAUCAGAGAUUGGCUCUGACGAUGCAACAUCUCCUGAGGGAACCGAAACUGAAGUAUCUACGGGCAAUUCUACUGCUGGGACGACAACGGUUUCAUUCCGAGUCAAUUUGGUUGAUGCUCAGGUUAUCAUGGUAGCCAACCCGGCGAUCCCCCACUCUGAAGCUAUUGUCCUUGGUACCAAGGAGAUCCUUAUCUCUCAUCAGAAUGUGUCGACUCUGCAGAUCGAAAAGGUUGGCAUGUUUCUGUGCCGCAUGGAUAAGUUUGAGACUAGUCGCCUUCGGAUUCUGGACGAUUUUACUGUUGAAGUGUCUGUUGACAGUCGUCCACAAGAUAAGGGGUCUGCACUCACCUCGAUCGAGGCGCAUAUUGAGCCUCUGGUUCUUCGGCUGUCUUUGCGUGAUAUCUUAAUGGCCACCCAGAUCGUCAAUAAGGCAUCUGAGAUGAGAGCUAGAAAUGCCCAGCCCCUCGAGGGCGGGGAAGUAAAGAAGAUUACAGAUGCAAAGAGCACGCGAGCACGAUCUGGCAGCAAGACAUCUUCGACUCUGGCCCACAGAACUCGUCGUCGUGCCAGUCAGACAGUUGAGACGCCUGACAACAAUGUCACAUCUGAAAGCUCAGCUGUCCUGAAACGCGAGGAGCUAUCCGCAAAAAUUGAUGGCCUCAGAGUCAUUCUUAUCGGUGACUUACAUGACUUGCCAUUGCUGGAUUGGAGCGUAAAGAAAUUCAACGUGGACGUCCGCGACUGGUCCUCUACCUUGAAUGUUGAUACGCACUUCGAGACCUUCCUCAAUGUGUACAAUUUCUCGAAAUCCGCUUGGGAGCCUUUGAUCGAACCGUGGCAGCUUGGAUUCCACAUGGCGAAAGAAAACAAUCCCGAUGUUUUCUCCAUUGAUGCUUACUCUCACAAGACCAUGGAGUUGACAAUGACGUCGGCCACGAUUGCACUGGCCUCCAAAUCCUUCCAGUUCCUCAAUACAGAUGAAGAUGUGCUUUCCAAGCCAAGAGGUGCCGAUGCUCCUUACAGAAUCCGCAACUACACUGGCUUUGACCUUCGAGUGUGGGCCGAUGUUAGCGCAGGACUCCACUGCCAUUCGAGAAACCCUCACCCCGAGGGCCACGGUGGAAUUGUUGGUGUCAAGCUCGAGGGUAGCGGAUUUGACAGUGUCAAUCGAAUUCCCGUGGUUCGAGAAGGCGAGGUUAUCUACGGUCUCAAGCCCAAGCGGGAUAAUAUUCUUCACCGUCUCUUGGUUGAGGUUACGCUUGGAGCAGAUAACGUCAAGUACAUCACAUUUCGCUCACCCCUCUUGGUGGAAAACAACACUCAGAUCCCCGUGGAGCUGGGCGUCUUCAACCCAAGUGAUGGCCAUCUACUGAAAAUCGAGAAAAUUCUUCCUGGCGAUGCACGACCGGCGCCUGUCGGAUCGGCUUAUCUUCAUUCCGUUGUCAUUCGUCCUGACCAGGGCUUCGGUUACGAUUGGUCACACGAGCAGCUCUUCUGGAAGGAACUUCUUCGACGGCCUACCCGGACCGUCAAGUGCGUUAGUGAAGGGGGUCAGCAAUCUCCGCCAUUCUAUUUCCAAGUCAACGCCACCUUCGACAACAAAGACUCUCUUACAAACUCAUAUCCCUACAUGAGAAUUCGAAUAUUUGCCCCGGUGGAGAUUCAGAAUCUCCUACCCUAUGACUUCAAAUAUCGCAUCUAUGACAAGAACACCAAGAAGGACUGGACGAACUUCUUGAGAAAGGGUGGUGUGAGUCCUGUGCAUGUGGUGGAAUUGUCUCACCUCCUGCUGCUUAGCAUCGAUCUAGAGGACACGGUCUUCCGACAAAGCGAGUUUGCUAUUGUCAACGGCAAUGCUCAGGAUUAUCGCAGAGAGCAUACCCUGUCGUUAACAGAUGAGCGUGGCCUCCAACUAAAGCUGAAGCUUCAUUACUUCAAUAUCCCCGAUAGUGGAGGAGCUUUCAAGGUUUCUGUUUACAGUCCGUACCUAAUCUUGAACAAGACUGGACUUCCCAUGGACAUCCAGAGCAAAGCCUUCCUCCAGUCUGCGCGCAGUGCCGCAGGCCAAGGAAUGAGAGUUGACCCAAGAGAAGGAGGCCGUGCCCUUCCUUACAUGUACUCAUAUGGUGCCGAAGACAAGAAAAACAGGUCAAUCCUGAAGAUUGGCGAUUCGGCUUGGAGUAAGCCGCAAAGUUUCGAAGCCAUUGGUAGCACCUUUGAGGCUGCUUUCCCCGAUAAACAAGGCAGAUCUGAGUUCCACGCUGGCGUGUCAGUCGUCGAGGGUGAGGGCAAGUACAAGAUGACCAAGGUAGUUACGAUCGCGCCGAGGUUCAUCUUGAAGAGCAAGCUCAAUGAGGAUCUUCUCGUUCGCGAACCUGGCUCAUCUAGCGUUCUCGAGAUCAAGAGUGGCGAGCUAGUUCCGCUUCACUUCCUUCGGCAGACAGCAGAUAAGCAGCUUUGCCUCUGUUUCCCUGGUGUCAACAAUCAAUGGUCUUCUCCAUUCAAUAUCGCCGACGUUGGAACCGUUCAUAUCAAGCUGGCCAAGGCGAACCAACGACAGAAGCUGAUCAAGGUCGAUGUCAUUCUCGAGAAUGCCACCUUAUUCCUGCACUUUAGUUUCGAGACUCGCAACUGGCCAUUCUCGAUGCGUAACGAGAGUGACACAGAAUUUAUCUUCUACCAAGCCAACCCCAAUGUGGAAGAUGACGAGGAAGACCGAUCCACUAGUUGGAAGCCUAUCCGUUAUCGCCUUCCUCCGCGAAGCGUCAUGCCCUACGCGUGGGAUUAUCCCGCUACCAAGAACAAGUCGCUUACCCUCACAUGCCAAGGAAAAGAAAGACGCAUCAAACUUGCUGAAAUUGGCAACCUGAUCCCGAUGCGAAUCCCACCCCGACAACCUGGCGAGUAUCAGAGAAUCAUCGAUAUCAACAUUGUUGCCGAUGGACCCACGCAGUCACUUGUUUUGUCCAAUUUUAAGGCCUCUAAGAGUCUUUACAAGCAGCAGAAGAGUCACUCCUCACAGGCGAGCAUGAGCACUGGAUUUGAAGUCAAAGAGAUGAACUCGGAUGUGACCUUCAAGGCUCAACUUCGUCUAGGUGGAAUCGGUAUCUCCUUGAUCAACCAAAACUUGAAGGAGUUGCUCUACUUGACAUUCCGCGAAAUUGAAAUCAAGUUCCGGGAGUCGAAGAUCUACCAGACACUUAACACAACCAUAAAGUGGAUCCAGAUCGACAACCAGUUGUACGGUGGUAUCUUCCCUAUCCUUUUAUACCCUAGUGUGGUCCCCAAGACUGGGAAGGAGAUGGAGGCCCACCCUAUUUUCCAUGCGAUGAUAACCAGAGUCAAGGACGACUCAUACGGUGUUCUGUACAUCAAGUAUGCCACUCUGCUUCUGCAGCAGAUGACACUUGAGCUGGAUGAGGACUUUGUUUUUGCUAUGCUAGACUUCGCCAAAAUUCCUGGGGCCUCGUGGUCUGAACCACAGGAGGGAGUGCUUUGUGACGAAGACCUCAACAUUCCUGAGCCUCAACAGAAUGAUGCCGGCCAGGAUGUUUACUUUGAGCUGCUACACCUCCAGCCCAUGCAGCUCGAUAUUUCAUUCAUGCGGACAGAACGAGUCAAUGUCGAGGACACCAUGCAACCAUCGAAUCCCCUGAUGUUCGUUGUCAAUGUCAUGACAAUGUCGAUGGGUAACGUCAACGAUGCACCUGUUCGCCUCAACGCCUUGAUGCUUGAAAACGCUCGUGUCUCCUUUGGAAGAUUGUUCGGCAACGUUCGCGCUCACUACACCCAAGAAUUCUUACGUCAAGUCCAUGUGAUUCUUGGAUCUGCUGACUUUAUUGGAAACCCGGUUGGCCUGUUCAACAACAUCAGUUCUGGUGUGGCUGAUAUCUUCUAUGAGCCAUACCAGGGUCUUGUCAUGACCGACCGCCCACAAGAGCUUGGCGUUGGAAUCGCGAAGGGUGCCACAAGCUUCGUCAAGAAAUCAGUUUUCGGAUUCUCCGAUAGUAUGGCGAAGCUUACUGGAAGUAUGUCCAAGGGCCUGACCGCUGCGACCCUGGACAAGGAAUUCCAGGACCAACGCCGAUUCUCCAAGUCCCGUAACCGCCCCAAGCAUGCACUUUACGGUAUCACGGCCGGUGGAAAUGCAUUUGCUACUAGUUUAGCAAGUGGUAUUGGUGGCUUGGCGCGUCAUCCUCUACAAGGCGCUGAGAAGGAGGGAGUCGCAGGGUUCUUCAAGGGUGUCGGAAAGGGUGUUAUCGGCCUGGCCACUAAGCCCGCAAUUGGUGCCUUUGACCUUGCCUCGAAUUUAGCAGAGGGAGUCCGGAACACCACUACGGUCUUUGACGCCGAGGGCCUGGACCGUGUGCGACUGACUCGUUUCAUCGGCAUCGACGGCAUCGUUCGUCCAUAUUCACAACGCGAAGCCCUUGGCCAAUUCUGGCUUAAAACGACCGAGAAUGGAAAGUUCUUCAACGAGGACUACAUCGCUCAUCUGGAGCUUCCCGGUCGUGAAAUCAUGGUCCUGUUGACGUAUGUCAGAAUUAUGCUUGUGCGUACGAAGAAGCUCGAUGCGGAAUGGGACAUCCGUCUCAAGGACAUCCAGACCAUUUCUAAGGAACGCACGGGAAUGAGUAUUACACUCAAGGGUGGUGCCAAUGGGCCCUUCAUUCCUGUCCAGGAUGAGAGCUCUCGAAACUGGCUGUACAGACAAAUUGCCGUUGCGGUGAACGCAUUCAAUGAAAGGUAUAAUCGGGGAUAG